AUGCCUGGCUUCGAUUUCUCGAACUACAACCGCAAUGCGGCCCUCCACGCCCGAGGCGUCCCACUUCCCAAGGCGACGAGCACAGGUACCACCAUCGUGGGAUGCAUAUUUGACGGCGGUGUAGUGAUCGCCGCCGAUACAAGAGCAACUUCAGGCCCCAUCGUCGCCGACAAGAAUUGCGAAAAGUUGCACUACAUCGCCCCCCAGAUCUGGUGUGCGGGUGCCGGCACUGCCGCCGACACCGAAUUCACCACGGCAAUCAUUUCGUCCAACCUCGAGCUUCACGCCCUCUCCACGGGCCGCAAGCCCCGUGUAGUUACCUGCAUGACCAUGCUCAAGCAGCACCUCUUCCAGUAUCAGGGCCACAUUGGCGCCUACCUCGUCGUUGCCGGCGUCGACCCCACGGGCACUCACCUCUUUACCGUCCACGCUCACGGCUCCACCGACAAGCUCCCCUACGUCACCAUGGGCUCCGGCUCCCUUGCCGCCAUGUCCGUCUUUGAGACCCAAUGGAAGCCUUCGUUGACCGAGGACGAGGCCGUCAAGCUCGCCAGCGACGCCAUUCAGGCCGGUAUCUUCAACGACCUUGGCUCCGGUAGCAACGUUGAUGUUGCCAUCAUCACAAAGGACAAGACCACUCUCAAGCGCGGCUUCGUCAAGCCCAACGAGCGCAGCGCCAAGCUCAAGAGCUACGCCUUCCCCAAGGGCACCACAGCCGUGCUCAACGAGAAGAUUAUCAAGAAGAACGAGAUUGGCCGCUACGUGAGUGUAACGGAGGUACCGGCCGGCGAGGCGAUGGAGGUUGAUACCUAA